UGGUAUCAGUAGGGACCACCAGGCUAUGGACAGCUCAACAAGUAAGUGGCGGAUUCGACAAGUAAUACACAAAUCUGUGGAAUUAAAAAUUGGAUAGUGGUGUUGCGAUACCAAACGUUGACGAAGAAGAUGUUGAUUUUCCCAAACUCAUUACCCCAAAUUUUCGAAUUCGUCUCUGUAAGUAAACUAAUUCCUUAGAGAGAAAUUCUUCCAUGGCGACAUACAAAGCAACCAACAUGAAAUCACCAAGAGUGUUCCUCAAUUUUCGAGGAGCCGAGCUGCGCCAGAGCUUUGUCGCUCACCUCGAGAUGGCUUUGAUAAGAGGCGGAGUCAACGUCUUUGUAGACCAGCCGAUGUAUCGUGGAUACAAAGAUCUUUUCGAGGUUAUUGAAGAAUCGAGUGUGGCUCUUGUAAUCUUAUCGGAAAGGUACACUGAAUCUACAUGGUGCUUAGACGAGCUGGUGAAGAUCAAGGAACGAGUUGAGCAAGGCAAACUUAUUGCCAUUCCCAUUUUCUACAAGCUGGAUCCAUCGCAAGUGAAAAAUCUUGAGGGAGAUUUCGGAUCUUCCUUGUGGGAUCUCGGGAAGCAUACUGAGUUUGACAUGCUCAAGAGAUGGAAGGAAGCAUUGGAAUUCGUUUCGGGAAAUAUGGGUUUGGUGUUAAAUGAUAAAAGUGAUGAAGCCGCGCUUAUUUAUGACAUCGUCAAGAAAGUCCAUAUGGCUCUGAGCUUUCUUCCAAGGGAAACUUAUAGCCUUCCAACUGAACCUAAACUUCCCGGAAAAGACUCUGAUGUAACAACCCCUGAGCUACAGGAUACAGAAGAAAAGAAGCAAGAAAAUGUAAGCGAAAGCUCUGCUAUGGUAACCUACGACCAAAAGCAUCAAGUGUACAUCAAUUUUCGAGGAAAGGAUAUGCGUCGUCAUUUUGUCAGCUACUUAACGCACGCCUUGAAAAUGAACGGAGUCAGCUUCUUCCUAGAUGAAAUGGAGGUAAAGGGUGUAGAUCUUGGAUACCUUUUCAAGAGGAUCGAGGAGUCAAAACUUGCACUCGUAAUAAUCUCUAGCAGGUAUACAGAAUCGGCUUGGUGCUUAAAUGAGCUGGUGAAGAUCAAAGAGCUCAGAGACGAAGGCAAACUCGUAGCCAUUCCAAUCUUCUACAAGGUGGAGCCAUCACAGGUUAAAAAACUGAAGGGAGUAUUCGGUGAUAACUUUAGGAGUUUGUGCCGUAUGAAUCAGGAUCACCAUAUCAAUACUAAAUGGAUGGAAGCUUUGAUGUCUAUGGCGUCCACGAUGGGCUUCUACUUGGAUGAGUACAGUUCUGAGAGCGAGUUCAUCAAACAUAUCGUCAAGGAAGUUCUAAGGAUUAUUACGCAGCAGGAAGGAGAAAAACCGUCUUUCUUUGGAAUGGAGCAACGUAUGAAGCAAUUGGAGAAUAAAUUAGAUUUUGACGGCAAUGAUACUCAAAUUAUUGGAGUUGUUGGGAUGCCUGGUAUUGGUAAAACCACUCUCGCAAUGAUGCUGCACGAAAAGUGGAAACGAAAGUUUAUAAGUUGCGUUACUUAUCUAGAUAUCAGUAAGAAUUCAGAGGACGAUAGGCCAGUGCAGCUGCGAAGGACACUCCUGGAAGAUUUACUCAAGGGAAAGGUUCCAGAUAUAGGUGACGAGACAACACAUGGAUCUGUGAAAGUUGCACUACUCAAGACCAAAAUUUUUGCUAUUCUCGAUGACGUGAGUGACAAGAGACAGUUAGAGUUUCUCCUCGGUGAACUUGACUGGAUUAAGAAGGGAAGCAAGAUUAUUAUAACAACGUGUGACAAGUCAUUGCUUGAGGGAUUUGCUGAUGAUACCUAUGUGGUCCCAAAAUUGAACGACAGAGUGGCCCUUCAGCUAUUUAGUUAUCAUGCCUUCCAUGGUCAAAAUUUUAAUUUCACCAGUAGCUUACUGACGCUCUCUAGAAUGUUUGUGGAUUAUGCUCGAGGACACCCAUUGACUCUUAAAUUACUAGGUAGGGAACUUUAUGAGAAAGACGAGGUUCACUGGGCACCUAUAUUGGAAAUGUUGACAAAACAAUCCAAUAGGAUGUUCCAAGGUGUCGGGGGAUUCUCUACUGAUCAACUUAAACUUAGUGAGAAGCAGAAAGAUCAAGAUGUCGGGGGAUUCUCUACUGAUCAACUUAAACUUACUGAGAAGCAGAAAGAUGUGUUUCUCGACAUAGUGUGCUUUUUCAAAUCAGAGGAUGAGUACUUUGUUAGGAGUUUACUAGAUUCAGGAGAUCCUGACUCUACUAAUGCUGUGAGUGAAGUAAAAGAUCUUGUCAACAAGUUCCUGAUUACAAUUGCUGGUGGCCGAGUAGAGAUGAAUGUUCCACUAUAUACAUUCUCUAAAGACCUUGGUUCUCCUCGGUGGCUUAGGCUGUGGAACUACGAAGAUAUCAUCAACAAGCUAAUGAAAAUGAAAAAAUCAGAUGCCAAUAUUGUAAGAGGUAUUUUCUUAGACACGUCAAAGUUAACGAAGAGCAUGUGCUUGGACAUUUUAACCUUCAUUGAUAUGCGCAAUCUUCGAUACAUGAAAAUAUAUGAUUCAUGUUGUCCUCGGCAAUGUAACGCUGAGUGCAAAUUAAACUUCCCGGAUGGGCUUGAAUUUCCCUUGGGAGAGGUUCGAUAUCUUCAUUGGGUGAAAUUCCCAUUGGAGGAGCUUCCACCAGACUUCAGACCCGAGAAUCUUGUUGACCUUAGGCUGCCAUACAGCAAGAUUACACGAGUUUGGGAAGGCGAAAAGGAUACACCACGGUUGAAGUGGGUAGAUCUAAGCCACUCAAGUGAGCUGCUCGACUUGUCAGCACUGUCAAAGGCUGAAAAUCUUCAAAGACUAAAUCUGGAAGGGUGCACGAGUUUGGAUGAGUUUCCGUUGGAGAUUCAAAAUAUGAAGUCUCUUGUUUUCCUGAAUCUAAGAGGAUGCAUACGUCUUUGUUCUCUUCCGGAGGUGAAUUUAAUCUCUCUGAAAACACUCAUCCUCAGUGAUUGCUCAAACCUAGAGGAAUUUCAGCUAAUUUCAGAAAGUGUAGAAUUUCUACAUUUGGAUGGCACAGCAAUCAAAGGACUUCCUCAGGCUAUACAGAAACUCCAGAGGCUUGUCGUGUUGAAUUUGAAAAAUUGCAAAAUGUUGGCGUGUCUUCCCAAUUGUCUGGGCAACCUGAAAGCUCUUGACAAGCUAAUACUCUCUGGUUGUUCAAGGCUUAAGAAUCUUCCGGAUGUCAGGAAUAGCUUAAAACAUCUCCACACUUUACUUUUCGAUGGGACAGGAGCAAAAGAGAUGCCAAGCAUCUCAUGCUUCACUGGAUCCGAAGGCCCAGCUUCUGCAGAUAUGUUCUUACAAACUCUAGGAUCCAUGACAGAAUGGCCAUGUGCUGUUAACAGAGUAUCGUCACUGCGACAUCUAUGUUUGAGUGGAAAUGAUUUUGUCAGCCUGCAACCUGACAUUGGGAAACUUUAUAAUCUGAAAUGGCUUGACGUGAAGCAUUGCACGAAGCUGAGAUCUGUUCCGAUGCUUCCACCAAAACUACAGUACUUUGAUGCACAUGGCUGUGAUUCACUGAAAAGAGUUGCAGAUCCUAUAGCCUUUUCGGUGUUGUCUGAUCAAAUCCAUGCCACCUUCAGUUUUACCAACUGCAACAAGUUGGAUCAAGACGCAAAGGAUAGUAUCAUAUCCUAUACUCUGCGGAGAAGCCAGUUAGUGCGAGAUGAACUCACUCAAUACAAUGGGGGUUUAGUUUCGGAAGCUUUGAUUGGAACUUGUUUUCCUGGUUGGGAAGUACCAGCGUGGUUCAGUCACCAAGCCUCUGGAUCGGUGUUAAAGCCCAAGCUGCCUGCACACUGGUGUGACAACAAGUUUACUGGGAUUGGUCUAUGCGCUGUUAUCUUAUUUGAUGGCUACCACAACCAGAGGAAACGUGUCUUAUUAAAAUGUAAUUGUGAGUUCAAGAAUGAAUACGGGUCUAGUCAGCGCUUUAGCUGGACUGUUGGAGGUUGGAGCGAACCAAGUGACACACCACGGAAGCUUGUGUCGUCUCAUGUCUUUAUUGGCUUUACAAGUAGGUUGGAUAUCAACAAAAUAAGUGAAGAUGACGAUGAAGAGAAAUGUGUUUGUACUGAAACCUAUAUUGAGUUUGAAGUGACAGAUGGUAUGGAAGCGAUCGAAGAUUGCGAGGUGGUGAAGUGUGGCUUUAGUUUGGUAAAUUCACCGGAAGAAAGGAGGAAUAUAUGUUCCGAUAUAAAGACUUUGUAACUCCAAUAGAACCCAACUUUUUGACCUUACAAACUUUUGAAAAGUUCGGUUCGGUUCACCUAAAAUAAGGCUGUAAAUGGUUGCAUCACUAGAUGAAAAAAAUUGGAUGAAAACUAGAUUCAUCUUAAAUUUUACCA